CGGUUUGUUGCAUUUUAGAUCUAAUGUUUUGGUUAUUUUAAUUUUAUUCCCAACACAGUUUAUUGUGUUUUAUUCUGCUUUUUUUUAUAUUUAAACUGAAGACAAAGACAACCGCCUAAAUGAAAUGAAAAAGAUAAACCUCAGUGCUAAAUAAGACGGCUUUUGUAUGACGAUGUUUAUUGAAUUGUCAAGUUCAAUUUAGAGAAAAAAUCACAUCGCUGAGACUAUUGUCAUUUUGGAGCUUGUAAAGUCAGUAAUGCACAAGGAAACCAAUUCAACUGAAGAUAUAUUUUUGAUGGACGAGUCAAAUGCUCACUAUUUCUACAGAGUGCAGCUAAACCCUAAUGAGUCAAAGGUGUCCCCAAGCAGCAUCCUGCGAAUUCAGGCUCUCGGCAGGCUGCCAAAGGUCAUCAAGGGCGCUCGACCAGGAAUCUGGGCCUCCCAGUUCAACUACACGUACCGUCCAAACGCCACCAUCGACCAUGGCACAGAUAUUUCUCUGUAUGGCCAAUGCCACAAGCCUGGAGAUAUCAUUGGUGUCCACAUCAACAUGGUCAAACAAACCAUCGAAUUUAGUCACAACGGCCGGCCAAAGGGAAUUGCCUACAGGAACGUGGUUAGUUGCCUCAGGCUAUGUCUGACCGAUUCGAUGAAGUUGAUAAAUGUGCCUACGAGAAUUAAAAAGGAAGACUUGCAGCUCUUCAGUUACAAGUCGGCUUUGACUGUUCAAAAUCACAAAGAAAUUGUCCAGACGCUUCCUCCAGGAAUGGCUAAGUUUGUUGAGUCAUUCAAGUUUUUUGGUGAAAUUAGUGGGCUCGGCCGAAGAAAAUUAAAAAGCCCAAAUGUUAAAACCAAACAGACUCAAAAUAUCUUUCGGGAAAUUAGAGAGCCCAAACUUAGGGCAGUUUCUCGCCCUUCGAGACUGUUGAAGUUUUCAGAGAAUGACCGACCAAAGAGAUGCAGAUCUCAGAAAAAAUGUUUUUGCUGUGCUUAGCUUAUUGAAUUUUAUAAUUUUUUAAACUUUUGACGGAUAAUUGUAAAAAUCAAAAUAAAACUGAAAUGCUUUAAAUUUGUCAAAUUUCAGUUCAAAACUAUUUUAAAAUGUGUAGUGUGUUGACUAUUCAGCUGCAACAAAUUUAAAAUGAACUGUAACUUACAUUGUCCUAAAUUUUUUGAUAUCAAUUUUAUCUAAAUGAAUUUGUGAAAACGAUCAAAUGCAAAAUACAGACAAUUUGUCAAAAUAAUAA